CUUAUUCUACAGCAUCGAAAAGUUUCAUCUUUGUUCCAUCACUCACCAAAUCAUACCAACAGCGAAGAGUGACAAAGAAUUCAACAUGCGUUUCUUCUUCAUCACUACGCUUAGUGUGCUCCUCACCACUUCGAUGGCAGCACCAACCUCAAUUACAGAAAGUCGAGCAGUGAACUUCGAACCCGUUGCCAACGCCGCGGUUCCCGACCUUGGGGAAAUCUUUGAGGGUCAUAAGACGAGCGCUGAGCAUGCAGCCAUGGGGAUUGGAUAUUCAAAGCGGACAGUCAACUUCAAGGCGGUUGAGGGGGCGAACGUUCCUGAUCUUGGAGAGAUAUUCGAAGGGCAUAAGACUAGCGCUGAGCAUGCUGCCAUGGGUAUUGGGUACUAAGAUAUACUGAGACAUAGGUUAGAACAUCUAGGAAAGAUAUGGUGGGUGGCAGUGACCAAGUAUUAGAGUUUGGAUAAUUCAGAG